ACGCGCUUGUCUGGCGCACUGCUUGCAGCACGCGCAUCCCCUUCGUGAUUCCAGCUUCCCCUUUAAUGAGCUCGCUGCUGCUCCCAAGAGAGUCAGAGAGGAGAGUGUCGGCGGCCCAAUGAAAUGGGAGGUCGGGAAUUCUGGGAAUGUUGAGUCAAGGCUGGAAGCCAGCCGCGGUACUGCGAUGGAGAAGCACUGACAUUACAGGGAUAUAAAGAUAAGUCUUCCAUAUUUUGCCUCCUGCUCAUUAAUCAGCAAUGAUUCUAUAACAGAUAAAGGACUCUGUUGGUUGGCAAGUAACAUUCUUCAAACAUUAUUUCUUUACCAUUUUGCAAACUGCACUGCCAAAGGAUUAUUUGCCAUAAUGUAUGGGAGCGCACGAACUGUAGGGCACUUGGAAGGAAGUCCUUCUCGAUCUCCUCGCCUUCCAAGGUCCCCACGGUUAGGGCACCGCCAGACGAACAGUGGAGUAAGUGGAAGUGCUGGAAAAACUCUCUCAAUGGAAAACAUUCAGUCAUUAAAUGCUGCCUAUGCUACUUCUGGACCAAUGUACCUGAGUGACCAUGAAGGAGUGGCAUCAACUACCUUCCCGAAGGGCACCAUGACACUUGGUAGGGCUACAAGUCGAGCAAAUUAUGGUGGUCGGAUUACUGCAAUGGGAAGCAGCCCGAACAUUGCCUCUGCUGGCUUGCCUCACUCAGAUAUUUUGUCAUAUGCCGAUCAUGGUAGCCAUUAUCAUUCGGUCCCAUCUGCACUCAGACAAGGGAGGGAUGGUGGUAUUCAUGAUUUACAGAACCAAUUGAAAGAUCUGCAACGAGAGAAUGACUUACUCCGCAAAGAGCUGGAUAUUAAGGACAACAAGCUUGGCUCAUCCAUGAAUAGCAUUAAGACCUUCUGGAGCCCAGAGUUGAAGAAGGAGAGAGUUUUGAGAAAGGAGGAGGCAGCACGAAUGUCAGUGUUGAAAGAACAAAUGAGAGUGACUCAAGAAGAGAAUCAGCACCUCCAGCUGACUAUUCAAGCUCUGCAGGAUGAGCUUCGAACUCAGAGAGACCUUAAUCACCUGCUGCAACAAGAGAGUGGGAAUAGGACUGCAGAGCAUUUCACCAUUGAGCUAACGGAAGAGAACUUCCGGCGCCUGCAGGCUGAGCAUGAUAGGCAAGCAAAGGAGCUCUUUCUUUUACGGAAAACACUUGAAGAGAUGGAACUCCGUAUUGAAACGCAGAAGCAGACUCUCAGUGCUAGGGAUGAGUCCAUCAAGAAGCUUCUGGAAAUGCUACAGAGCAAAGGUUUGCCAUCCAAAGCAAUGGAGGAUGAUAAUGAACGGAUACGACGAAUAGCAGAGGCAGAAUCUCAGGUCAGCCAUUUAGAAGUCAUCCUGGACCAGAAGGAAAAGGAGAAUAUUCAUCUUAGAGAGGAGCUGCACAGAAGGACCCAACUACAGCAGGAGCCUGCCAAGACUAAAGCACUUCAGACUGUCAUCGAGAUGAAGGAUACCAAAAUAGCAUCACUGGAGAGGAACAUAAGAGAUCUUGAAGAUGAAAUCCAGAUGUUAAAGACAAAUGGCCUUCUGAACACGGAGGACCGGGAAGAGGAGAUCAAACAGAUGGAAGUGUACAAGAACCAUUCAAAAUUCAUGAAAAACAAGAUUGACCAGUUAAAACAAGAACUAUCAAAAAAAGAGUCUGAACUCCUUGCCUUACAAACCAAGCUGGAGACGUUGACGAAUCAGAAUUCAGAUUGUAAGCAACAUAUUGAAGUUCUCAAAGAGUCACUCACUGCCAAAGAACAGAGAGCUGCUAUUCUGCAGACGGAGGUUGAUGCCUUGCGAUUGCGGCUUGAAGAAAAGGAGUCAUUCCUCAAUAAGAAGACAAAACAGCUACAAGACCUCACAGAGGAAAAAGGAACUUUGGCAGGAGAGAUCAGAGACAUGAAGGACAUGCUAGAUGUAAAAGAACGCAAAAUCAAUGUUCUACAGAAAAAGAUUGAAAAUCUUCAAGAGCAGCUACGCGACAAAGAUAAGCAACUCAAUAACCUGAAGGAUCGUGUAAAAUCACUUCAGACAGAUUCCAGUAAUACCGAUACAGCCCUUGCAACCUUAGAAGAGGCUCUUUCUGAAAAGGAAAGAAUUAUUGAGCGCCUGAAGGAACAGAGAGAGCGUGAUGAUCGAGAGAGACUGGAAGAGGCUGAGUCUUAUAAAAAAGAAAAUAAGGACUUAAAAGAGAAGGUUAAUGCUUUGCAGGCUGAACUGACAGAGAAGGAGGCUAGUUUAAUUGAUCUGAAGGAACAUGCCUCGACGUUAGCAUCUUCAGGCUUAAAAAAAGACUCAAAACUAAAAUCACUGGAAAUCGCCAUUGAGCAAAAAAAAGAGGAGUGUAGUAAGUUGGAAGCCCAACUGAAAAAGUCCCACGAAGCAGAGGAGGUGGCAAGAAUGAACCCCGAGCUCUCAGAGAAAGUAAAGCACCUGGAGAAAGAAGUUGCUUAUUAUAAGGACGAGUCAGGAAAGUCCCAGGCUGAAGUGGACCGACUGCUUGAGAUAUUAAGAGAAGUGGAGACAGAAAAGAAUGAUAAAGACAAGCGGAUAGCAGAGUUGGAGAGGCAAUUAAAAGACCAAAACAAGAAAAUGGUAAACUUGAAACACAGUCAGCAAGUUGAGAAAAAGAAAAACACGCAGCUGCUAGAAGAGGUUCGCAAGCGAGAAGACAUCAUGAUUGACAACUCUCAGCAUAUACAGGGUGCUGCACGUAAGAGAACUGAUCGCAUUGAGGAACUGGAGGAGGCUUUACGAGACAGUGUGCAUGCCAGAACUGAGAGAGAGAUGCUUUUGGCACGAGAGGAGGCUGCUCGAGGUGCUGCUGAGAGACAGCUUGAAGAACUGAUGAACAUCCUUGAAAAAACCAAACAGGAGUUAGAUUCAACUAAAGCGCGUCUAUCAUCAACCCAGCACUCUCUUGCUGAAAAGGAUGCACACCUAACCAACCUGCGACAUGAGAGGAGGAAACAGCUUGAAGAAAUUUUAGAGAUGAAACAGGAAGCUCUCCUGGCUGCCAUUAGUGAGAAAGAUGCAAACAUUGCCUUACUGGAGCUGUCUGCGUCCAAAAAAAAGAAGAGUCAAGAAGAGGUCAUGGCGCUAAAGCGGGAAAAGGACCGAUUGGUUCAUCAGCUUAAACAGCAGACACAAAACCGAAUGAAGCUGAUGGCAGAUAACUAUGAUGAAGAGCAUCACCAUCACGUUCCACACCACCCACACCACCCACAUCACCAUCCGCAUCACCGCUCUCCAGGACGCCCCCCUCACACCAACCACAGGCCCUCUCCUGAUCAGAUGAUCCAGUCACUUUUUGAAAAACACAGCCAUGGCAUUAAAUUGAAAAUCUACACUGACCACUUGACCACUCUUUGCCUUGAACGGGAUGCCCACUUCCUGAAGGGAUUUCCAUCUCUGCCAGCUGAUGACGUGGGGAAUGAAGAGAGUCCCUGGGAGCAGGAGGUAUUUAAGCUAACACCUGAGCAGCUAACAGAAGAACUGGAAAAAGAAGAACGUAAAAGCAAAGCACUGCAAGAAUUUACUGAUCACCUUCUGCAGAGCAUUGCAGAGUCAUACCCUGACAUAUUGGAACAGGUCAUCAGAGCUCUUGAAGAAGAGUCUUGAGUCUCGCUCAGAUGCUUAUCCUGCUAUUUAUCAGAGAUCGGGGUGGCCAUACCACAAGUCGCCUAGCUCCACACGACCGGGACCUUUCACUUCUACAGAUCUAUGCAUUUUAUAUCCAGUAUCAAUUUUUAUAAUUACAAGUACGCAUAGCUGUUCAUGGAGUGUCUGUGGUUAAACUGCCCUACUGCUGAUUGGCUGUGCUUAAGUUUUGGGGAAUAGAACCUGAAGACAGAUCUAGGAAUGCAAAAAGAGCCAAGCUGAGAGACUGAAUCAUCUGGGCCUGCUGUUCACUAUGCACAGUCGACCCCCAAGGGUGAAGUAACUGCACUUGGUUUCUGCUAAGCACAGAUGUCAGUGGUUUUCGGAUCUUCUCUGUUCAGCGCUGAGCACAGGAGUGGGCAGGAGAGUGCCUUUGCCCUGGCUAUCUCUCUUCAAAUGAACUGAACUGUCCUGGUUAAUAUUCUACAGGAAAGGGUGUCGUACAUGUUUACAUCAGUUCUAUUGAAGAUGGCAUUGUGUUUUUCUGAUGCAUGAGUGGUGCACUGAGGCCAAGAUAUGUGGUCCUCAGUGUCUCAUGUGCUGUGUGACUUCAAUGAUCCCUCCGAACAAGGUGGCAUGUGCCUCAGAAACAUUCUCUUUGUGUGUUUGGUCAAAAAAGUGAUAUAUUUAGUUUGUACAAGCAGCCUAAUGUAGGUUUUAGAUAAAGUAUGUUUUACGCAUUGGAAAAAAAUGUGGACGAUUGUUAAAAAAAAAAAAAAAAAAAACAACUGCUAAAAUGAAACAGCGUGAGCUUUACGAUGUACAAAAUGAGGUGAAGCCCCUUUUCAGACAUGAAGGUAUGUAAGCCAUUCAGUUGCGCGUAGUCUUCUAGAGCGUAACAUGACUGGCAUGCAUCCUCAGUCCCAUAUUCAAUGGGAGUUCAGGAACAGGAUGCCAAUAGGAUUUUUGCGAAUUGAGUUUGGACUGGAAAUUAACUUUUCUUUAUUUUCUGUACCCAUGACAAGGGAAUGACCUAAUGGAAGACAUGUCAGUGUCCGUAAAUGACAGAGGCGGCAGCAGUGCUCCCUUACAGGAGAAAAAGCAUGAAACAAAAUUUUUGGCUUCCUAGUCCAGCCCAUUGAUUUGACUCCCUAAAGUCCCGUGGCUCUGCUUUGUACAACAUGGUGAGACAACGGGUUCUAGUUCAGUUCCAGAAUGUGAGGUGAGUAUUUAGCACAGCUGACAACAUUUGCACUCGAGUUAAAAGAACAAAUUUCCUACAAACAAGCGUGCCGUAACACAAAAAAAAAAAAAAAGGGAUGGAGGUUUGAGUCCCCGUAUUAUCAAGUCAGGUCCUUACAGAAAACUGCUCAAUACUUGAAGUAGGGGUUUCCUACCAUCACAACAAAAUGAGUGUGCAGAACACAGCUUAGACAACAAUUCAGCUGUCUAUUCAUUUUAUGCAACGUGCCAAUUUUGGAGCUGUUAUCUUGUUAAACCAUUUCUUUGUUUUGCUGUUUGAAAAAUAAUAAUAAAAAAAUAUAAAAUAUUUUGAUUCAUUUCAGAGUCAAUGACCUUAGGACCAUUUUGUUAAGUGCAAAAGGGGAGAAGUACACAAAUAGCAGGUUUUGAGAAAAGGUUAACAGGUAAUUUUUCAUAUAUCAAAGUGAUGUAUAUUCUUGAGUUUUAACACUGUGACUUAGCGCAGAGUUUAGGCUGAACCACCUGAAGUAUUUUGUUUUUGUUAGUUAUAUAUAUAUAUAUAUAUAUAUAUAUAUAUAUAUAUAUAUAUAUAUAUAUAUCGAUAGAAUGGUCAUUCUCUGCUUUUCUUUUCUACCGAUAUUCCUUUUGGCAAAUCAACUUCUCUGCUUCCGUUUUGAUUAUAGCGAUCAUGUCUCCAAUUUUCCUGUACAGUGAGACUUUUGUAUUUAAUGAGAUGUGUAUGCAGUAUGCACGCCACUGGCUUUCAUCUGAAAGUGGGCUCUCUUUCUUUUUAAGCAGUGUUUGUUGGAGAGAGCCCAGACAUGUGCAGUAGACCUGUGUGAAGUGAUGUUUGAGUGUGACGUGCUGCCAUCAGCGGUAAUCAUUUCCUGUUGUACCUCUGGACCCUCCGUUGAUAGCGUGCGCUUCUUGUGACAAAUUCUUCAAGUGUGUGGCAUGUUCUGGGUUGUGCUUUUGAUUAUCUGGUAAGGAUGCGGUACUAAAAAUCCUCAAGAACUAAAAGAAAUUAAAAAAAAAAAAGAA